AUGGCAGUGAUGGGAUCACCUAGCCUUCCAACCUGCAACAGCAAUAGCUGCCAGUUUGACGGCAACACUCAUACGCCAAGUCUGUUGUUUCUCCACAGGUUCUCAAUUCCUGACAGUGCACUCACGAGAUACGACUCAUAUCCUGAACGAAUGCUUCUCGAUGCGAAACCAGACCACCUCAUGGAAAAGAUGUACGAACACUCUGACCUUGUUGACUUCAAGAACUUCAUUGGAUUGCUCACUCACAAGCUUCAGGUACUCACGAGUCACGACAGCAUCGAACAUGCAGGAACCGAGUGUGCCUAUCCGAUGUCAACCAACGUCAUGCCCUCCGAUCUUCACCACAGCUUUAUCUCUGAUUGCAAUAAACCCACUUUCGAUCCCUUGUUGAUCAGCAUGAGUCGAUCGGCAGAAGAUAUUUCGGACUCGAGUUACCAGAAAUCUACUUUCGCAUUUCUUACUCGCUGUGUUCAGGAUGGAUGA